UAGUGGGGUGGGACUUAAAAAUUGUGUUCGUCUUGGCGGCGCUCUUCUGUGUUUUUUAACUUCCUGUUGUGUGUCUGCUGUGAUGUAUCCUGAUCUGUUUAUCGUCUGUUUCUUGUUGUGCCUCCAGGCUUUGAGUUGUAGCUGACUUUGGGAAGGAAGGACUCCGUCAUGUCAGCCACUCAGAACAUGCGUGUGGAUGGAGUCCUCACACAGAACAACCUUGGAUGGCGCAGCUCAGAAAACUUCACCUCCUUGUGUCCCAACGGGUCCAAAUGGGUCUGGGAAGGGCUCGGGGAGUGUGCCCAGGAUGGGAGGGACAUGGCCAGCGUCUUUCUCGGCCUCCUGUCCAUCGUUUGUUUCUUGGUGUCUUCUCUUCCACAGUACUACAGCUCGUGGAAGAAAGGGAAUAUGGACAGCGCCCUGUCCAUCUGGUUUCUACUGCUGUGGUUGGGAGGGGAUUCCUGUAACCUGGUGGGCUCCUAUUUGGCUGACCAGCUUCCUAUUCAGAAAUACACAGCAAUUUAUUACGUCUGUGCCGACCUGGUGAUGCUGGGCAUGUACACCUACUACAAGAUCCGACACAGAACCACUCAAAGGGAAACGAUGUUACACGCARUCAGUGUGUUUUGCAUUCUGGGCCUGACUUCAAGCCUCGCUUCUCUWCAGUUACCAGGGUCAGAACCUGAAAGGACCUCCGGGUUCAGAAGUCGCUCUUUACUCUCAGCCUCUGAUGAUGGCUCCUUCCAGCCUUUCACGAAGAAUGAAAUUAUUGGUUUUGCCAUUGGGUCGUUGUCGUCAGUCCUCUACCUCUGCUCCAGACUCCCACAGAUGUACACCAACUUCAAGAGGAAGUCGACAGAGGGGGUGUCGUACUUCUUGUUUGCACUCGUCAUCUUGGGGAACACUACGUACGGUCUGAGUGUCCUGCUGAAGAACCCUGACCUGGGAAACAGUGAGAGCAGCUACCUGGUUCACCACCUGCCCUGGCUCGUCGGCAGUCUCGGCACCCUCUCCUUGGACCUCAUU